AUGAAGCAUCUGUGCGAGAAGCACAACGUCAUACGCCAAGCUAUCUCACGGAUAUGGCUGCAAGGGCAAGCAUCCAGAGGCAUUGGGGAAUACGGCAAUGUUGCGUCGCGCAAAAAGGGAAGGUGCGGUCGUAAGCCCACGCACACACUUGCUCAACUUGAAGCCAGCGUCAAUGCCGUCCCGACACAUGCUUGUUCGACGUACCGCAGUCUCUCGGCAGCUAGUGGCAUCCCUGUUGCAACGUUGUGGAAACUGUUGAAGGCCAAGGCGAUUCGACGGCGCAGCAGUCGCCUCAAGUCCAUGCUGACAGUGCAGCACAAGGCCCAGCGCUUGUCGUUUUUUCGUGGAUGCAUCAAGUCGACGCGAGAAGAUGGCCAUACGUGGCACGAUAUCCUUGACAGGGUGCACGUCGACGAAAAGCGGUUCUACAUCACGAAGUUGAACCACAAGUAUUACCUUUGGCACGAUGAAGACGUACCGCAACGCAAGUGCCAGUCCAAGGCUCACAUCCAGAAG